UAGUUAUUUGAAAUCACCUAACUAGACUCUGUAAUGAUAUCGAAAUGUUCAGCAGCUUGUUUAUGUACCUGCAUCUAUGGUCUGUGCUUCACGCUCCAUAACCCCCAGAAAAAGCUGAGCGUCAGCUCGUCGUGUUUCAUGUUCUUGUUAGAGGACGGGCUACCAAGGAGAUCCUUUCAUCCUGUUUGGUCAAUGAAGCGCUGCUAUGUAACAUUUCGAAGCAUUCUGAGACGCCGAUGCUGUAAUACUCAUGAUGGGUUUAAUAGAUUUCCUUCGCAUAUAUUGUCAAUUCGGGAAGAUCCUCUGCACGCAUUGAGAAUCAUUCAAGGGUCUCUCUGCUUUGGAGAGCAGCUCCUAGCGACUUGACCCAAUCCCAUCGUGAUUCGUAGAUCUCCCCUGACUUUUUGGACAGGGCUGUAAAAUGAUGUUUUCUUUAUUUGUGAUUGCCUUGCUCGUUUCAACUUCUUCUCUUCUUGUUUAAACAUUUUUGCCUUCUGAUUGAUGUAAAAGUAUUGCCAUUCGUUUCUUUGCACCAGGUGUGCCUUUCUAUUAUUAUCGUUAUUAUUUGUUAUUAUUAAACCAACAUGUCGAAAGCAUACCAAUCAGUCGCUCUGGACGAAGAGCCUUUUCUUGCCAAGGAAGAAGGGGUAGUAGACGAGCAAUGGACGGAGAGCCGAGAAAGCAAAUCUAUACUGGACCGUCUGGAAAGAUUAAGUCCACAUUGGGCUUGGUUAUGCCAUGCCGUUCUAUUAUCACUUUCUCUAACAUUUUUCGCGUUAUCAUUCUGCUCGAAAGCUUCGAAAAUGACAGACGCGGAUUAUACAGAAAAAUACUCUGCCUGGUCGCCGGCCGCCAGUGCUGUAAAAUACGAGACGCAACAUUUCGACUUGCCUCCUUUCGCGGAAGGACCCUUCGUUGGUAUGGGCGAUGAUGUGGAUAAGGCGUGGGAUGAUAUUUCAGCCAUCGGUGACACGAUGAUAUCUCGCGACGAGAUGGUAAAACUAGGUCUAAAUCCCGACACUUCCCUUGCCAUCACCGACCCGAGAGAUGGGAAACCGGGUUAUCGGGUCGCAAUCGAGGUGUUCCACCAAUUGCAUUGCUUGAAUCUACUGCGACAGAACGUGUAUAAAGAAUACUAUUCACCAUUGGGAGGAGAUACAUCCGAUGCGCCUGAAGAUCUGACGGGCCAUCUUGACCACUGCAUCGACGCGCUACGACAAUUCGUCAUGUGCCAGGGCGACAUCGGUGUCUUCAGCUUCCACUAUCCGAUGGGCGACGAAGACCCGUGGCCGAACUACAGCACGCCGCACACGUGCAGAAAUUUUGAUAGCAUCCGGCAAUGGGCUGUCGACCAUACAGUUCCGAGGGGGCCUGACGAGCCGGAGCAUUGAGAUAUAUUCUCCGAGUAGAUUUGUAUAUAAGUGUAAUGACAAGCUAUUGAAUGAGCGAUUUUAUUCGCCAAAUGAUAUUAUGAAAACCGAGUUGUCGGAGAUGGCUUUAAACGGUCGUUUUUCAUGUCCUAUAAUGUGAGACAACUGUCGUAAGCCAUAAUAAGCCGCAUUGUGCGAACGUUGACGUGGCUUUUGGAUGGCAGAACUACUUGUUCGUUCAUGUUGAAUUGAAGAGCGAGUUGUUAUUAGAAACUUCGCUCCGUACCUUGGCUGCCUUGAUGCUGUAUAUUGAAU